AUGUCUUCUCCAAAAACUCGCGCCAAAGGCUCUUCCUCUUCACUUUCUCCUCCUUACAUUUCAGGAACAGGUGUUGAUAAACAUGCGAUUGAGAUUCGCAGCAAGCUUCACUCCAAGUACUUGAGCCGGUCAUAUCCUUCGAGUGAAGUGAGGAACAAUACCGUGAAGUGGUCAGACUGGAUUGAUAGGCUUUUUCUGAAGUAUGGGGCGCACUGGAAGAGGGCUGGAAUCUACGAUGCCAUCCUUCUGUCUAAGCAGUCUGUGAAUAGGGAUGAGAACCUGUUAGCUGCUGCUCUUUGUUUCUGGAAUUCUGCCAGCAACACCUUCGACUUCCGCCCGAGCCCAAUGUCUCCAACUCUACUGCACAUGGCCCAAAUAUUUGGGUUCAUGCCUUAUGGAAGACCUGCUAAUGCUAUUGGUGAUUAUCACAGGAGGAAGAAUGGUGAGAAAGUGGCUAAGAAGUUCACCAUCUCUUCUACAGUAAUCAACCAGAACUGCUCAUUCUCCAAUUUUUUGAAAAGAUUUUGUUCUGAGAAGGAUAAGGAUCAGCAGCACAUGUUCUUCCUUCUAUAUUGGCUGAAUAGGUUCGUAUUUCCAAACCGCCCCUCAGUAAUUCCACUCAAAUAUGGGCAUCUGGCAAAGGCUAUGCACAAUCACACGGGCGUGGGGCUUGGUCCCACAGUUUUGCCACAUAUGUACAAGAAUCUCCACAGCGCUACUCUGGAUAACCCACUAAAUAUCUCAUCUUCGGGUACAUUCUGGAUGAUACAGAUCUGGCUAGAAGCACUGCACGAAGAGGUCUGCUGCACAGUGGCAAGUGGUGCUCAGAAGAAGCUACCCCUGGUUCAAGCCUGGGUACAGACUUUUGAGGUGCCUGAAGAUGAAGCGGCCAAAAUUGACUUUAGGAAGAAGUUCCUCAAUGUCAUGCUGACCCGAGACCUAACCUUUGGUGGGGGUAAGCCCCCCAACUCUCAUCUGGGUGGAGAAGUCUAUCAACCGAACUAA